GAACACAGUGAUGCCAUAGGUAAACUAAACUAUAACUUAAGGAUAUUGAAUCAGGCAUUUAAUAAGAAAGAGAAGAAACGAUUUAAGAAACGCAUGAAACAUAUUUUCAGUGCUGCUGUUCAUGUUGACAAGGUUGUAAAAGCUUUUACACUUACAGAUUUUGAUGAUAACCCAACGCCACCACAUAGG